AUGGACUCUGCUUUGAAAAGGUGGCGACUUCUAUUAGGCUUGCAAGGGAGGGGCAAGAACUCUGAAGUUGCGGGUGACCACCGUCACAGUAUGGCUGAGGCAAAUGCAGCGGAGCUGGCAAACUUUCUCUGGACAAUCAAGGGCCAAUUUCAAGAGGAUCCUGCUGGCCUUGCUGUGAAGCUGGCCCGUAUAUGUGAAAGCCUUCGAAAUUCUGGACUCCAGGAGAAUCAGCAAACUUACAACAUCGUUGCAAGUGCUCUAAGAACCGUGGUGGUGGUCGGCAGACUCGAUCCAUAUGCAAUCCCCGGGGGCUCGUCUAUGAGAUCGCUGACUGAGGAUGGGCCUGUCUUCAUCCCCGAGUUCGUCCAGUCAGAGGGCCUAAGGCAGCCUGCCAGCAGACCACUGCCUGUCACCCUUGGAACUCCAUCCCCUUCCAGCUAUGGCAACCACGAGCUUCUGCUGCCUCGCGAGCCUCCCCCCUACCAGCCCCCACAGCAGAGUCCCAGGUUCAGCAACUGGCAAGCAGCCCCGCCUGUGCAAGCCGCCAGUCCUUAUGCAAGCAGCGCCGCCAAUCAGCCAUCUCAGACACCAGGGCAGCCGGGGAGGAGUUUCUCUGGUUCUCCAGCACACCCUCAGUUUGCACCUCCAGGGCUGGGGGCCUCUGUCACUCGGCCAAUUUCUCUCAGUAGGGAUCCGAUUCCAAGGCCAAGUCCAACACUCCAGGCUCGUGAAGCUGCUCUCCAGUCACAGCAGGCUUUCUUGCUCAACCAGUCCAGUAGGCCCGUCCCGAAAAGUCCAGGCCCUCCCAACCAUUCCGUUCCCGUCAAGCAAGCACUCAACAAUAGCAGGAGCGCUUCUCCUCAGCGGAAGGGGUCCUUUCAGCAGCCUCCCUCUCAGGUCCCUGGCCUUUCCACCCACCGAGACCCUCCCAGAAGCAGUCCAGCGCUCUUCAACAUCCCUCCGACGAGCCAUGGAUCACCGAUCAACAGCGGCAUCCCCAUCUCCCCCCACGAGCUGCCCAGUUCAUCUGCCUUUGCCGAGAAGGCGGAACCAAGGGGUUCGACCACGGACAGGGGUGCUCCGCCGAGCCCUCUGUUCAGUCCCCCCUUGCAACCAGCUAGGGCUCCGGCGGUGGUUGUGUCGGUGUCUCCCCAUGGCAGCAACCACUUGAAACGCGGGCCUGAUCCAGGUUAUCACUUUGAGGGGCCAUAUAGAAGCCCGCCAAAAGCGCCUGGCAGGAGCGGUUUGCAACAAAACAGCGGCCAGCCUGGCCGCCAAGCCCCAGCCAAACGGCAAGCGAACAAGUCUCCCGCAAGGAGUCAGCCUGUAAGCAGCAAACCGCAACUGCCAGUUGACAGUACUCCACCUCCUGUGACGACCACUCCCUCGGAUGCAGUUGCCGAGACGGUGCGUGUAUGCGUCCACAAGCGAGCGCAAACGGUGUUGGCGAGCGGAGGCAACACGAAUCCGGAGCUGCUAAGAGUUGCAGAGACAGUGAAGCAGCUGUCGAAAGCGGGGUCCGUUCCGGAGUGCUUUCUGCCUGAGCAGAAGCGGCAGCUGAUAGCGCAAAUACAAAUUUUCCAGAACGUGAGGCACGGCAAGCCCUCGAGCCAGGCUACUGUUGCCCUGGCUUUAGAAGAUCUGAAAGAUCUGCUGCCGAAGCUGUCGACGUUGCAACGGGCGGAUACGAAGGGGCCAGGAGAGGCUGCGAAAGCUCCCGGGAGAGGUGUCAAGCAGCCACUUACGGGGGUCGAAAAGAAGGAAAAGCAGGGCAAGAAAGGGAGGGAACGGAAGAAGACGGAGAAGCCGCUGAAGCAACCAGGAGGUCCGGCUAAAAAGUCUGCGGCAGCUGGGGGGCAAGCGCCUCAACAGCACCAGAACGCAGCAUCGAAUCGUCCGGGAAUCCAAGCUAUCCGAAAGCCAAGCCCUCCGAUCGGGGCUCUAAGUCGUCCAGGGGGCUUUCAAAACCCCCCUCAAACCUCGCGGAAGAGCUUGCCCCAACAAGCACGACCCGCCUCUGAGCCUCUUCAACAGUCAAAAGCCCCCAAGAUGCCGCAAACCCUGGUGCCACCCGAACCUCCCGACACAAGGAAACCGCAAUUCAUGACCGCAUGGCUAUCUCAAGAGAAGAGGAAGAGCGAUGCCGAGAGUGCGAAGUGGUCGCAGCUGCAGACCAAGUUGGUCCAGCAUGUUGCUGUCAAAACUGCGGAGGUGAAGCGCGCUGAGGCGGUCCCUUCUCAGGACGACUGCAAGACGAAGAAGGUCAUCGACCUGAAGAAGCUCGAGUUGUUGGCGUUGCAACAGAAGUUGAGAAAGGAGGUGAUGGACGGCUUCUUCGCUCCUGCGCAAGCUGAGCUCCAAAACGUCCGCCAGGUGAAGUUGCAGAGGAGCCUGCGACGGAUCCGGGAAGCGGAGAGAAAGGAGCAAAAGCUGCGGGACGAACGGGCGAGGCGUGAGAAGGAAAAAGUGAAGAACUUCGCAAAGACGCUAGACCAGCACAAGGCUCUGCUGGCUGACCUUCAGCGGGCCAAGAAGGAGCGGGUGCUGAGGAACAACCGAGCAGUCACGGAGUUCCACAAGCGGAAGGAACGGGCUGAGAGGGAGAAGAAGGAGCGCCUGCAGCGAGAGAAGAUCCAGGCUCUCAAGUCGAACGACGUGGAAGGGUACAUGAAGCUGGUGCAGGAUGCCAAGUCCGACAGGGUCCAGCAAUUGCUGAAAGAGACGGAGUCGUACCUGCACAAGCUGGGGGAGAAGCUGGCAGCCGUGACCAUGCAGGCCAGGGAAGCGGAGGUUGGAGAGGGAGUGGUGGCAGCCGAGCAGGAGUUGGUCAAAACGACGGACGAAGCUGCGGCCUCGAUCCUGGAGAGCAACGAGAAGUACUACACUCUGGCUCACGCCGUGAAGGAGGCCGUGAUUGAGCAGCCCAAGAUGCUGGUCGGGGGCCAGCUGCGCGAGUACCAAAUGAAGGGCCUCCAGUGGAUGGUCUCCCUGCACAACAACAGGCUGAACGGCAUCCUGGCGGACGAGAUGGGCCUCGGAAAGACGAUACAGGUCAUCGGCCUUCUCUGCUUCCUAAUGGAGACCAAGAAAGUGUCGGGGCCAUUCCUGAUCGUGGUGCCUUCCUCCGUCUUCUCCAACUGGGUCUCCGAGAUCAAGCGGUGGGCUCCGUCGGCGAUCACAGUGGCCUACAGGGGCAACCCUGAAACUAGGAGGCGAAUCUACAGCGAGCAGGUCGCGGCGAAGAAGUUCAACAUUCUGGUCACGACGUACGAGUUCCUGAUGAACAAGCACGACCGGCCGCGGCUGAGCAAGAUCAGGUGGGCGCACCUCAUCAUCGACGAGGGCCACCGGAUCAAGAACGCCAACUGCAAGCUGAACACGGACCUCAAGCAGUACAGCGCCAGAAACAGGCUGCUGCUGACGGGGACGCCAAUCCAGAACAACCUGGACGAACUCUGGACGCUGCUCAACUUCCUCCUGCCUGACAUCUUCAACUCCUCGGACGACUUUCGGCAAUGGUUCAACAAGCCCUUUGAGGGGAGCGGGGUCGAGGAAACGGAAGACCAGGCACUGCUGAACGAGGAGGAGAACCUCCUGGUCAUCAACCGGCUCCACCAAGUGCUGCGGCCGUUCAUGCUCCGGCGAAUGAAAGAGAAGGUUGCGGAUGAGUUGCCCGGCAAAGUUGAGCGCCUCAUCCGCUGCGAAGCGUCGGCCUACCAGAAGCUGCUUGCCAGGCAGGUCACCGAGAAGCUGGGGCGCCUUCCUGGACAAUCAAAGGGCAAAGCGGUGCAGAACACGGUGAUGGAGCUGCGGAACAUCUGCAAUCACCCCUACCUGAGCUUGCUGCACGUCGAAGACGUGGAGUACAGCUUGGAGGACGACUUUCUGCCAACGGCCGUGCGCCUGUGCGGCAAGCUGGAGAUGCUGGACCGGAUCUUGCCGAAGCUCAAAGUUGGAGGGCACAAGGUUCUCUUCUUCUGCACGAUGACUCGCCUGCUCGACGUCAUGGAGGACUACCUGGUCCAGAAGGGCUACGGCUACCUGCGCCUGGACGGGUCCACCGGUGGUGCGGACAGGGGUACCCUCAUCGAGCAGUUCAACGCGCCUGACUCUUCAGACUUCAUCUUCCUACUGAGCCUGCGGGCUGGCGGCAUCGGGAUCAACCUGCAGGCGGCCGACACGGUGAUCAUCUACGAUACGGACUGGAACCCGCAGGUGGACCUCCAGGCCCAGGCCCGUGCCCACAGGAUCGGGCAGAAGCGAGACGUCCUUGUGCUGCGGAUGGAAACGGUUAACACCGUCGAGGAAAAGAUUCGUGCACGCGCUGAGCACAAGAUGGGUGUGGCCACACAGAGCAUUACGGCUGGCUUCUUUGACCAGAGCACGAGUGCCGAGGACCGCCGUGACUUCCUGGAGGCCAUUCUUCGGGAGGCGAACUCGGACCGGCAGGAGUCGAGCGAGGUUCCGGAUGAUGAUCAGCUCAACGAGAUGCUUGCCCGCACGCCCGAGGAGGUUGAGCUCUUCGCGGCGGAAGACCGCAAGCGGCAGCGGGAGGACCAGGCCAGGUGGCGUGCCAGCAAAGGGUCAGCCGAAAUGCCCGGCGUGCUGCCCCGGUUGGUCACGGACGCGGAGCUCGAGCCGGUGCUGAAGGAGUUGGAGAGGGCUAACGCAGAGCAGAGCCGGAGCGGUUCUGUGGGCGCGUCUGAGGACCUCGGUCGCGGGCGCCGCUCGCAGGGGGUCAAGCGGCAGGGUUACGCAGACCUUACCGAGCGCCAAUUCAAUUACCUGCUGCGAGAGGGCAGCCUGCCCCCCUCAGCGUUCAAGAAACGGGCCCGCUCGGAAGACAAGCAAGACUCUGGGGUGAAGAAGCAGAAGAAGGAUGGGAAGCCAAGUGAAGAGGCCAGCAGUUGGGGGCCAGAACCAACAGUGGCCAGGAAAGGGGAGGUUGCUAUUGUUUUGGAACGGCAGUCUGAGCAACCACUGGCGGAGAGACACGUGCCAUCUGGCGAUGUUGCGGGCGAGCUGCCGAGUGCAGCGGCUGCGUCGUUGGAGAACGGCGGGCGUGUGGAAGUCCGGCGCGGUCCGGACGGAGCCGCAGCCUUGCCACGUGCCGAAGCCCAGGUUGUGCCAGGUGUUGGGCUACAACGAGCGGUCACGGCGCAGCCAGAGAGCUCCGCAAAGGCGCCGGGCGAAUCGGCUCCUUCGAGUUUGGCGGCUGGGGGGCCUACUGCGGUCGACGACUCUGACGAAGACCUGCCCUUGUGCGCUUUGCGCGCGCCCGCCCCUAAGAAAGCUAGGCACGUGGGCGUCAUCAGGCCCCUCCAAAAACCCGGCCCGAGCCCCCAACCCUUUGGACACGUCAGCACGAUGCCAUGUCCAGCCACGGGAGCUCAAAGCGGAGGUCCCCAGAAACAGUUCCCGGGACUGGCGCCUGAGGAAGACGCCAGCAGAGGCCGGAAUGGAGAGGCCCCAGUGAACAUAGAUCUUGCGGAUUCAGCAGCCUAUCCGAGGCGGGUUUCCGAAGCCGUGACAGAAACCUCCCCGGUCACUGGCACUGGGGCCUUGCGCAUAACCCUUCCAGACAGCGAGUUAGGCAGGAACGGACAGGUGACAGGCACGCUUAGGCCCAAGAGUAGUAGCCCCGGCGGCAUGGUAACAGGGAUAGCAGCUAGCAGCGAAGAUCGUCAUGCAGUUCUGCACGGAAGCAGCGGUGUUCCGGCAGAGAGCGGCCCAGCGGGGAAGCUUCAGCCGCUGCAAGGCACGGAGUCCCCUCCGAGACCGGUCGCCGCGCUCCAAGCCGCUCCAGGAUUCGAGGCGUCAGAACUGGUGGCCAGAAAUAAACCGUCAACGCCGCACUCGGCGGCCGCUGCACCUCCCGUGGGCACCCUUGACAGCGGAGGUGCUCGUUUAGAAGGUGCGAACAAGCCCCGUGUUCCGAUUGGAGGGAGCGGGGCCGGAGACCCGAGCGCAGAGCUCGACGGGACGGGCUCGAAAAGCCGAGACCGGGCCGAAUCAGUAGAGGCGCAACCACACGCUGACGCCACUCAGCCUCACGCUCAGACAACCCGCGCCGGUGGUACUGUGGGCGAUGGCGUUGCCGCGAAGGGUUCCGCGGCUGUCCGGAGCGAGGUGCCGCGGAAAGGGUUCAAACGGCGACGUACGCUCUGCCAGACCGCCGAGGAGGCCUUUGAGUGGAGCGAAGAAGACGUCGAGGAGCCAAGUCCGGACGGUCGCCGACCAUUGGACGGUAGGAGUGUUCCGGGAUCGGUAAUCAGCGCCAGCGGAACGCCGGUCAGGGCGAGCCCGCCAAUCGCCAACGGAGAGAAAGCAGGGAUUUUGAGCGGGCGCGAAAAGGGAAACGGAGACUGGUCGAGGAAUGAUCUGGCCGGCAGGGCAGUGUCGCAGGUGUUAAGCCCAAGCUUCGCAUCUCGGCCCGAGGUCCUGAGGGUGUCGGCCGCAGCGCAGGGCGGGCUCGAUGGCGGAGAACCGUGGAAGGAGGCGCUGCCUGAGACGGUGCCGUCUGGAAACGGAAUCAAAGUCGGCGUGCACGGCAAUCCGGCCAGGAGCACCUCUCACUGGGAGGCCAGCAGCCGGGCCGUCACGGGCACAGCCCCUGGUUUUCCGGGCUCCGUACCGUACGUACGCGGACCGUCGAGGCAGGGCUCGCCAGCCUUGAGCUCGCCAAGCAGUGCUCGGAAUGCCGGGGCCCUGGCGUCGCCAACGGCGUGCAACGGUCGAGGCGGGUCGCAGAGUCCUCGGCUGCGGGUUGGAGAGAGAAACGAGCGCGCGACGCCAGACAGUGUCGUCAGCGAGGCGAGCCUGCGAGCGGCGCAUUCUGCGGUUGGUUCACUGUUGGACUCAAUGGAGGUGGACGGUGAAGUUCCUUGUAAAAAAUGGUUGUACUAAGUUACAGGUAGCAUUCUCAUGCUAGCUUCGGAGCCCAGAUCAACAGGUUGCACUAAUAGGAGGUAACUCUCUUUGACGGCGAGUGUUGCUAACAUAUGGUUGUAACAUAUAGAUGCUGUUGAUGAGAUCAGAGAACAAGGACAGGAAGUUGUUAUUGUCACGAACACCAUAACCUCGAAAGUAGAGCUUUGAUGUAGAGAAUUCGUUAUGAUUUCGUCGAAGACUCUUCUAGGUAACAAUAAAUUAGAUUCUAAACUGAUGAUUGAGUCCGCCACGUCGUUACAAAUUAGGUCGGUCGGGCCAGCGAGUGUAAACAUUGUUGAACAUGAGAUGGCGAAGUGACACGGCCUCGCCAAGGCGUGCUCAAUGAGUGUCGUGGGAGG